GUUGAAGACUGACAAAGCCUUGCGUUUGAGUAUCAUUGGAGAAAAAUUGCAAUGGUUUCAAAGUCACCUUGACCCUGACAAAAUUGAAUACACCAAGAGGGAGGCUGGUGAGCUAAUUGAAAAGUAUAUGUGUCGGUUCGAUGAGGAAUUGGAGCAGAUUGAAUUACAGAACAGUAUUAAGGGCAGACAAGGAAGACAGCACGGUUCACGGGAAACUGUCAUCAAGCAGACCAUAGAACGUGAGAGGCAGCUCUACCAGGGCUAUGGGAUGGAAAUCCCAGACAUUAUGAACAGAAAGCAUCUAAAAUUUUUCAGAGAAUGGGAUGGUGAUCUGAAGAAACUGCCAAACAUCAAAAUGAAAAAGCUCUCAGCUAGGGAUGCUGCUUUCUGUCUCCCUGAGGUGGCAGAUGUGGGAGCUGAAGAAGAACUGAGUAAAGCAGAAGAGAUGGCCUAA